AAGUUUUCACCCUCCCACCUUCAUUUCCCCUUUCCUCUGUUCACUUCUCACCCAAAAACAGAGGAAAGAAAACCGAGAAAAGCAGGGGGGAAAGAGAGAGAAAAGGAGUGCUUACUAAAAUAUAACAGGAACCCACUUCAGAAAAUGAGAGAAUAGAGCAAAGGGAGAUUCGCCGAGAACUAUUCUUUGACUUCUCUGCUUCUCUCUGCUGUCUGCAAUGCUUCCCUUAUGAACCCCUCAGAUCUCACAUGUAGAUACAUGCAUAUACAAACGUUCAGUAGAUGCUUGUUUGUGUUUGUGUGUGGAUAAGUUUGUAUGAUUUCUGAGGUUUCUUAGUUGGGUUUAUUUGGUUUGUUAAUGGCUGCAGAGGUAAGUGGUGGUGGGAAUAUUGAGGUUUCUCCAUGGCUGAAAUCUAUGCCAGUGGCACCAGAGUAUCACCCUACUUUGGCUGAGUUUCAAGAUCCAAUUGCCUACAUUUUCAAGAUUGAGAAGGAGGCCUCAAAGUAUGGUAUUUGCAAAAUAGUCCCCCCAGUGCCUGCAGCUUCCAAGAAAACUGUUAUUGCUAAUUUGAACAAGUCCCUUUUGGCCCGGUCCACUGACCCGGAAUCAGGUCCGACUUUCACCACGCGGCAGCAGCAGAUCGGUUUUUGCCCGAGAAAGCACCGCCCUGUCCAGAAACCCGUGUGGCAGAGUGGGGAGAAGUACACCCUUACUGAAUUUGAAGUCAAGGCCAAGAAUUUCGAGAAGAUUUAUCUCAAGAAGUAUGCCAAAAAGGGGUUGAAUGCUCUGGAAAUGGAAACUGUUUACUGGAAUGCCACGGUUGAUAAGCCCUUUCAGGUGGAGUAUGCAAAUGACAUGCCGGGAUCGGCUUUUGUGGCACAGAAGGGUUGUGGGAAGAAGAAUGAGAGUACAAUUACUGUGGGUGAGACUGAGUGGAAUAUGAGGAGAGUGUCAAGAGAGAACUUGUCGCUAUUGAGGUUCAUGAAGGAGGAAAUCCCAGGAGUAACUUCGCCAAUGGUUUAUGUUGCAAUGAUGUUUAGUUGGUUUGCUUGGCAUGUUGAGGAUCACGACUUGCACAGCUUGAAUUAUUUGCAUAUGGGUGCGGGGAAGACAUGGUAUGGUGUGCCGCGGGAGGCAGCUGUUGCCUUUGAAGAAGUGAUCAGGGAGCAUGGAUAUGGUGGGGAGAUAAAUCCUCUGGUUACAUUUGCUACACUUGGUGAGAAGACCACAGUGAUGUCCCCGGAAGUGCUUCUUAGUGCUGGUGUUCCAUGCUGCAGGCUGGUGCAAAAUGCGGGGGAAUUUGUUGUCACUUUCCCAAGAGCUUAUCACUCGGGGUUCAGUCAUGGAUUUAAUUGUGGAGAGGCUGCUAAUAUUGCUACUCCUGAAUGGUUGAGGUUUGCAAAAGAAGCUGCAAUACGUAGGGCAGCUAUUAAUUGUCCUCCAAUGGUGUCUCACUUCCAGUUGUUAUAUGAUCUAGCACUUUCCUUAUGUUCUGGAGUUCCGAAGAGCAUUGCUAUGGGACCCCGGAGUUCUCGGCUAAAAGAUAGAAAGAAAGGGGAAGGAGAAAUGUUGAUCAAAGAACUAUUUUUGCAGGACAUGAUGCAGAAUAAUGAUAUGCUUCAUAGUCUUGGCAAAGGAUCAUCUAUUGUGCUCCUUCCUCAAAAUUCUCUGAGUCACUCGAUUUAUAACAACACAUCAUCUGGAUUCCAGUCGACAGCCAAAUCUAGGUUAUUCCCCAGUUUAUGCAGUCCCGAUCUUGAGUUGAAGACUGCAAGCUAUGAUGCUCGUGAUGAAUUUUUGCUAGACAGGAAGCAUGGAAUAAAACAACCUAGAGGACAUGCUGUGAAUAGAAAAUCAGUUUCUUCUUUGUGUAGUAGUAGUGAGGUUCCUUCUAUGGCUCCUUGUGCAGAGCAGAUAGAUUCUGAAAUAAAGAGAGCUUCUCAACAUGAGCAGGGACUAUUUUCAUGUGUCACUUGUGGGAUCUUGUGUUUUGCUUGUGCUGCUAUUGUCCAACCGACAGAAGCAGCUGCUCAUUACCUAAUGUCAGCUGAUUGUAGCAAAUUUAGUUAUUGGGGUACAGGUGAUGAUGACCAUAAUCACACCAGACAUGCAAAGUCUCCCAACACAAACCUUGGUUCAGGGUUGGUGCUUAGAAAGAAACAUGGCCCUUCUGAUGUGCCAAUAUCUGCAGAUCAGAUUCGAUCUGUGAAUGGGGAGAGUGUGGGGGUGGUCUCCAAUAGCAAGGCACAUAAAGAGCCCUCAUCACUUGGCCUAUUAGCUUUAACAUAUGGUAAUUCUUCGGACUCCGAGGAGGAAGAGACUGAAGCUGAUCUUCCUGUUGAUGGCUGUGGAACCAGUAAAAGCGAUAGCCCUGAAGAUGGACAUGCUUGUGACAAUAUCGAUUCAAAACUUAACUGCCGGAAGGAAAUGUCUUCACAAAUUUCUGAUUCUAAUGCAAUGUUUGGCCCACCUAUAGCGAAGUGCAACGGUGGAGAUCCCCAAAGUUCUAACUGUUCUGAUGAGUUUCCAACGGACAAUUGUACUGUGGUUGAGUCAAAUUCUUGUACCCAUAGGUCUAGACAUCGAACGAAAUCACGACAUGACACCUCAAAUUCUUUAACCCAUAAGACUGAAGCAACAGUUAGUACUGGUUUGACACCAUUAGAGGACAAAAAUACACCUUUUCCUGCAAGAUCUGAUGAAGAUUCUUAUCGCUUGCAUGUCUUCUGUCUUCAGCAUGCUCUGCAAGUAGAAAAGCGACUCAGUCAGAUUGGUGGAGCCAAUGUGUUUCUUGUGUGUCAUCCAGAUUUUCCUAAAUUAGAAUCUCAAGCAAAGAAAGUUGCGGAAGAAUUGGAAAGUGAUUGGCUCUGGAGUGAAAUCUCAUUCCGGGAGGCAACUGAGGAGGACGAAGAAAUUAUGCGGCUAGCUUUAGAGAGUGAAAAUGCCAUUCAUGGCAAUGGAGACUGGGCUGUGAAAAUGGGCAUCAACCUCUUCUUCAGUGCCAAUCUUAGCCGCUCGCCUCUCUACUCUAAGCAGAUGCAUUUCAACUUUGUUAUAUACAGUGCCUUUGGACGCAGUUCUCCAAUUGAUAGCUCUGCGGCAUUAGAUGAGCUGGAAGGAAAGUGUGUAGGCAGGCAAAAGAAGAUAGUUGUUGCUGGAAAAUGGUGUGGCAAAGUUUGGAUGUCGAGUCAAGCUCACCCACUGCUCCUUAACAAGGAUUCGCAAGAACAGGAGGAGGAGUCAGAAUUUACUGCCUGGAUCAAGCCGAAUUUGAAGUCUGAGAGAUUAUCACAAAGCAGCCAAGCAGCUGGAGUGGCGUCUGCGAUUUGCAAAACCAGUAGAAAGAGAAAGAAUAAUGCAGAAAAUAGCUCACACGUGAAAGAAAAAUCUCUUGAGGCUGGAAAAAUGGAUGAACCUUCUAUAGGCUUUCCACUCAGUAACUGCAAUAAGGUAAUUAAAAGAAAGCGUGGAUCCAGGAGAUUGAAGGAAGAGAAUCCCGAGUCUGAAGAUUUAGAUGAAUCAUCUGAAGAAAUUCAACUCAGUAACUCUUGCAAUCAAAUUAAGAAAAGGCAUGGAACCAAGCUACUGAAGAAAGAUACUUUUGAGGCCGAUGAAAAUUUAGAUGCGUCUUCAGAAGAUUUUCCACUCAGCAACUCUUGGAAGCAAAUUAAGAGUAAACGUGGAGCUCGGAAAACGAACAAGGAGACUCCUGAGCCACUGAAAAGUAAAAAGAGAAGCAAGCAACAAGCUAACUCACUUGUUGAUGAUGAUGAGCUCGAAGGUGGUCCAAGCACACGACUGAGGAAACGAACAACAAAGGCUUGUAAAGCCUCAGGACCCAGGUCGACUAAUGCAAAACCAGUACUAAAGAAGCAGCAAAAAGAUAUCAAGACAAAGAAAGUUCCACCUGUCAAGGUUCCUUCUAAGGCAAAACUUAAAGACGAGGAAGCAGAGUACGCAUGUGACAUGGAGGGAUGCACAAUGAGUUUCGGGUCGAAGCAGGAGCUUGCUUUGCAUAAAAAGAAUAUCUGCCCGGUGAAGGGAUGUGGUAAGAAAUUCUUCUCUCACAAGUAUCUGGUGCAGCAUCGACGUGUUCACAUGGAUGACCGUCCUCUGAAAUGUCCUUGGAAAGGCUGCAAAAUGACGUUCAAGUGGGCGUGGGCUAGAACCGAACACAUUCGAGUCCAUACAGGGGCUCGACCUUAUGUUUGCACCGAGGCUGGCUGUGGCCAGACAUUCCGGUUUGUGUCUGAUUUCAGUCGUCACAAGCGCAAGACUGGUCAUUCUCCAAAGAAAGCCAGAGGAUAAAUCUUAGAGGAUGUAUUUUUAACAUGGCUGAUAAGCAUGUUCGAUUAACAGCAAGAAAGAUGUAGGGUCUAGACUUAGCUUAAUCUUGUAACUUUUCAUUGGGGGUACGGAUGAUUAAGUCACGGUUCCUCAUUGGGCCAAUUCAUCAAACUUAGUUCAGCCAUUGCUUCAACGUAUUUUAUUCUCUGCAGAAGCAGAAAUUUAACAUGUCAA